AUGCCACGAGGCAAGUCUUUUCGCCGUUCGGAGGCAGCCAAACGGCGUAUGGCAGGACGGCGAACGGUUGACGUGGAACCGCAGCAGCCUGCUAAUGCCUCUGUCUCGCAGUCCAGCACUGGUCAGCGCCAUGCUGUGAGACAAUGGCCAAAAUCUUUGCUGACAGGUCGUCAGCACAAGCUGGUUUUGCCGUGUGAAUCCCCUGGCAAGAAGUUUGUUCUUGUUAUCGGUGAUUCCCAUCUACGUGCUAUCGUAGAUGGCUAUGUUCUGAUGCCAAAGGGCUCACUCUCCUUUGGCCUCAUGUGUACGCCCGGGGCCUGUGCGAUGGAGGUGAGGACGGAGUUGCUACAUGCUGCUGUUCCUCGGACUCCUCACGCAGUCCUGGUCAUUGCACCAAGCAACAACCUGACAUCCAGCAGGACCAUCGACGAGGCAGGGGCAGACUUUGCUAAGCUCCUACUCAGUGCUUGCUCGAGAUGGGCUAACGUGUGUGUCACAGACUUUGCACCCCGUUUGACUGUAGACGUCGAUCAGCAACAAUUGUUGCGUGAAGAGUUCCGCUGUGUGGCAGCACGUAUGGGUGUCAGGUUCUUCCCCUUUGCUGAUCAUUUCCCCAUGAACCGCCGUGAGCUCUGGAGCAGAGAUGGUGUUCACCUCAGCGAUAGUGACGGCAUGCCCAUUUUUGCCGGGCAGCUGUGGAGUGCCGCAUACCAAUACCUGCAUCCUCCGACACCAAAGCUACAACCUGCUCCCAGAAUGUUGCCGCCUCGUAGGCAGGUUAUUCCAAAGGUGGUUGUCAGGGGACAGGUCACCGUACAUCGUCCAUCCAACCCCUUUGAUUGGACUGUCGUUGGCAAGGGCAGGAAGAGGACAGCACCUGAGGAACCUGAGCAGUCCUCUGGUGCAGAGAGGGUGGUUCAGCAGCAGGUUGACACAACUCCACUCCUCGAGUGUUCCAUCCAGCCCAACCCUGUUUGGUUCAGCAGUUCAGUGUUGGCUGCGAUGGAUGCUGCUGUUCCAUCCCAUCUUCCUAGCCCUGAUUCUACUGCUGUUCCACGAAGCUCAAAGCGUCCAAAAGUGGAACAUCAUCGGACUUCUGCAUGCCGGAAGGUCCCGACGAGAGCUUUGCCCGUGGUGAAACCUGUGCCACUGCCUGCAACUGCUCAUCUGAAAGUGGAUGUCAGGGGGGAGAUUGCCACCACCGCCAUCGCUGCUGCCACCACCACCACGCCGGGGAGGGGGGCCUUCAGCCUGUCGUCGAUCUUGGUGUCCGGCCGACACCAAGAUCCAACACAGGUGGGCAAAAUGGAGUGCAUGGACCUGUAA